UGGCGCGUGUUGAACAUCAGUUGCACGUCCGUGUUCUAAGGAGGGGGUCGCGUGCAACUGUUUUUCGAUAAUCGGCCGCGCGUUCCGUACGUGAAAAUCGGACAGUACAGAGCCAGUCACGUCCACGUAAAAACGGAUAUAUGCCCGGAAUAUUUAUUAAGUGGGUGGCUGUGCGUGACUCCUGAGUGAGGCUGCUGUAAAUUAUCGGUCGAAAUAGGAUCGUCUGUCGGCUGGUGGCGUCGAAGGCUAGACCGUAUUUCGGUGUUGUGGAUAUUUCUGAUAGUAUUUAGAUCGGGAUGUACGGACAUACAGUUCUCUAAGUGUUAUCGUCUGUGGAGUAAUGGGACUAUCGAACCAUGUUAUACAAUGAGUGCUGAUCGUGGACUUGUUGAAAGGGACUGAUUCACUAGCUUGAGAAUGUUGCCGUACCAAACGGUGGCUAUGGACUACGCGGUGGCCUCUGGCUUCCACCACCAGAGGCCUGGCCUGCCCGGUGUCAUGGGCCUCCCGGGGCCGGGGCCGGGACUCAAUCCGGGCCUCAACACGGCCUUCACCCAUUCCUGGUUCGUACAGACAAGCCCGGAUAUGUGUCGACAACAACAAGCAUCCAACCAAUCGCAUCUCGAACCUGGUAUCCUCGAGCUACGAAAGGAAAAGAGCAGGGAUGCGGCAAGAUCACGACGCGGCAAGGAGAAUUAUGAGUUCUAUGAAUUGGCGAAGAUGCUGCCUCUACCGGCGGCCAUCACCAGCCAGUUGGAUAAGGCUUCCAUCAUACGACUGACGAUCAGCUACCUCAAGUUACGAGACUUCUCCGGUCACGGUGACCCUCCAUGGAGUCGCGACACCCCACCGACUAGCAAGACUUUAAAAGGAACUCAGAAUAGAAGGACCCCAGCCGGACUCGCUAUGGAGCUGUUUGAACAGCAUCAGGGAACACAUAUCCUACAGUCCCUGGAUGGGUUCGCUCUGUCGGUGGCUGCGGACGGGAGAUUCCUCUAUAUAUCCGAAACAGUGUCAAUAUACUUAGGUCUAUCACAAGUAGAAAUGACUGGCAGCAGUAUAUUCGACUACGUACACCAGGCUGAUCACGCGGAGAUAGCGGAACAGCUUGGCCUAUCACUCGCAGGAAGAGGAGGGGCUGGUUUGAGUAGCCCAGCAUCAGGUAGCGAGGAGGGCAGUCAGCAUGGAACAAACAACCCUGAUGUAUCGGCACAAAUGACGCUAGCUGCUAGUGGGGCGUUGUUCCGAGGCAUGGACCGUGCUUUUUGCGUGAGAAUGAAGAGCACUCUCACAAAACGUGGCUGUCAUUUCAAAUCUUCUGGAUACAGGGUGGGAAGAAGCAACGGGGAUACGUCCAGAAACGGAGAAUGUGGUAAUUGGCGGGUGGUGCUUAUGCUAUGUCGUCUUCGGCCACAGUAUACGUUCUCUCACAGUCGCAAGACACCACCGACCCUGCUCGGGAUGGUGGCAUUGGCCAUCGCCUUACCACCACCAUCAGUUCAUGAGAUCAGGCUAGAGUCAGAUAUGUUCGUUACAAGAAUUAAUUUUGACUUCAGGAUAGCGCAUUGCGAGCCCAGCCGAGUGUCAGAACUUCUGGGAUAUACAGCCGAGGAGCUUACAGGGAAGAAUCUCUACGCGCUCUGCCACGGAGAGGACGCCAACAAACUAAGAAAAUGCCACGUAGACUUAAUGAACAAGGGCCAAGUACUCACCCACUACUACAGGAUAAUGAACAAGUUGGGUGGUUACACCUGGAUGCAGACCUGCGCUACCGUCGUCUGCUCCUCGAAGAACGCUGAAGAACAGAACAUCAUAUGUGUCAACUACGUUAUUAGUGGCCGCGAAUAUCCGAACACGGUUAUGGACUGUUGCCAAUUGGAAGAGAGCGUUCAAGGUGUAAAACGAGAAGAGACGACCGGUGAUCCAGAGAACGGUCCGCCAGAUGCUGACUCUGGAGGAGGUCCGCCACCUCCGCGACACCCCGCCGAGAGAACUGAACCGCCGUCUAACAACGACGCGACCUCAUCAGCGCCACCAACCUCUGAUGUUACACACCUAACAAGACUGAGCGACUCGCAGCCUCUCCCACUACACACGACCCAAGAAAGGUCCUCGCCAAUGCCAAGAAGACUGAAGAAGAGAAAACAUACAGAAGACGAUGAUGCAGAGAGAGAUGAAGAGAGACGAAAAAGUUCUUCAAAUUCCACAGCUGCAUUGUCGCCCGUGGAACGUGAUAUGACCAAAGCAAAUUUAUCGAUUCCGGAAACAUCGGACGCGACAUCAGUCCGAGAUUUAGAAAACGCCAUGUCGAAGCAUUUGCCGUCCUUAGAUGGUAAAGAGAUUUCGCAUCGACCGACAGAUUUCUCAACAGAUGCGUUGCUGAAACAACAACAACAAAAGUCUACUAUUCAGUGGAUCGGUGCUCAAAAUCAUCAUCUAAACCAUCUCAACCGUCAAUUGCCAGGAAACCAUACACCAACACCAGCAUCAGCAUUGUUAAGGCAGUUGUACGCAAAUCGAGAAAGUGUAAUACGAAGUAACUUCCUAGGUGAUGGAAGGACGGGAGGAUAUUACUCGAGCGAUGGUCAAUCAGGCCCGUUACCCACACCACCAGGCAGUGAAGGGUCAGGAUACGGUGAACAGUUGGGUCAUAAAGGCACGGACAUCGGGUCGUUAGCAUAUGCGGGUUAUGCUGAUUAUCAUUCCGCCAUGACCCCACCUGGGUCAGUGUCGCCCAGAGAUAAACAACAAUACGCACUGCCAUAUGACAAUUCAUAUUCUGAAGCGUUAAGGCAUCCCUAUUUGGGGAUAAAUUCUGAAGCACCUCUGCCGUUGAAACCUCAAGCGUAUUCGGCUGUUCCGGGUGCUUUGGACUACGCUCAGUUAGACCAGUCGCAAUUCUUCCAUCCAUCUUCCUCUUUCCAUCUCUAUCAUCCUCAGGCUCACGCCGCUCAUGCCUCUCACUCGCACCAAACUGAUAAAUCCGCUCCGCCGAAUACUAAUUGGUAUUCAACCAGCUCAUAGCCAUAAUGCGGUAGUUUCGGAAAAUAUUUGACGGCAUUUUCCUCUAAUAAUUGUUUCCUUGGAAGUGAAUCGAAAAAUUCUUGAGAUUUUAUUUUGGAUUGUAAAUUUUUGUUUACGAUUAUAGUUACAUUAAUCGAAUAAGACUCGUUUACAUGAAUACUCAGGAACUCGACUCCCAAUUUAAUGUUAGCAGGCAGAUUUUAAUGGAAUCAUGACAAAAUGUGCCAAAUAUCUUUACAUAAAUAAAAUGGCGUCAAUGAAACAUAACUUAUUGACAGUCUGUCAAACGAUUACUAAGCAGCCUCGACAGCGUUGUCUCGGCGAGGUUGAGUUGAAGCCAAAAUAGUAUUUUAAUGUUAGUUGUAAGGCGGUUACUUCCCGCUGAGCUAUUCUCAUAGCUUAUUGCAUAUCAUUUAAAUGUUAGUCGGUAAGCUUUUCUGUAAAUUAUUGUAUAAUAUGUAGGCAAUACCCUUACGGACUUAUUGUAAAUUUUAGACUAAGCGCUGUAUCAUAUAUUCUUUAUUCGAAAUAAGAUUUCACUGUAAAUACGUCGUUUAAUAUUUUCCGUUCUCGGACUUUACUUGAAGACUUCUGUUACGUUUUAAUUUACUUUUUACUCUUAAGUAGAUUUUUUUUAUAAAAAUUGUAUCGGCAGCAGUAUUUCCUUAACAUUUCUUCAAUGUUGUAUUGUAUAAAUUUUAAUUAUAUAUAGAAAAUAUCGAAGCCAACUGAAAUCUUACGAAAAAAUUAUAUUUUCAGUCUCUGGAUUCCAUACACAGAUCGUAAUAAGCCAUCCACAACAAACAUCAGCGUUAUAACAUUCCGUUAUUUUUUAAUUAUAUUUAGAUACAAAUACAUGACAAUUGAAAAUACUCACAUGCGUCGGUUCAAAUUUUGUUAUGUCCAAUUUUAUAUUAAUUUUUAAAUAUGAAAGGCGUUAAUCAUUAAAAUAUAUAGAGGUUAUUUGGUAAUGAUAAAAAUAAUAUUUAUGCUAUUUUAUUGUGCAAUAUCGGUGGGAAUGUUGUUCAUUUUGAUUGAUAGGCUUCGUUAUGUACGGUAAUGUAAUUUAAGGUAAUUAUCAAUAAAUUGUAAUAAAGUUGUAAUAAAAUAUUAAUUGGGAAUAGGCUUGUAUCGAAAAUAUUUGUUAUGUUUAAAUUCUUUUUUGAACUGAUUAUUAUUUUGAUUAUUUGACGAUAUCGUGAAAGAAAUCUCUCCAAUAAAAUAUUAAGAAUUUUU